AUGCCGAGCGGACCCUUUAUUGAGCUCACAAAUGUUGUUUCUGCGGGCAUAGUGGUUCCCUUGACCGUCCCAGGUACCUGGUCGCCGACCAUCGCCCAGGCUAAUCUAUGCCGGUUAUUGAUUCUCGGCGAGUGCCAUGAGGUAUAUGAAGCCCCGGGUACGGCCACAUCUAUACUUGAUCUGCUUCUCGUAUUCAUCCAUCUCACCAAUCAUUCUCCCUAUUCUCCUUGCCUUUUCUCCCAUCCAAAUCUUAUUGAAUUAUACUUCACGGCUACAGUUCCACAUGGUCCAACACACCUCUGUUCCAAAGCACCAUACCAUCCACCAAAAGCGAAAAUGGCCGGCCGUGAAUUCACACUGUCCUUCGAGAUUACUCCCCCAACAGCUGCCCAGCCCGGUUCCCCCUUCACAGUCCCAGUAGUCAUUGCUGUGAACCCAAUUGGGACACCUGCACAAAAUGUGCAGCAUCUUGUUGUGAACGCCUCCCUCCGCGACGAAGCCGGCACAGGAGCUGCCAUAGGCCUGAGCGGGAAUCUCACGGCCAGCGUGCGGAGCCGCACCGACAACGCAAGGAGCGGAUAUGCAAAACUCAGCCCGCUCACUAUCUCGCAGCCGGGCAAAUUCCGUCUGCGAGUGAUGCUUAGCGCAGCUUCGUACAAUGGUGUUGUAACGAAGGAGUAUGUUGAUUCGACGAUCAUCCAUGUGCACGCCGGUGCGGCUGCCCAACGGCCAACUCCCACUCAGGUGGCACGACUGCAGCGACUCACGACGGAAAACUUGGACAUUUCUGCUGCGGAUAUCGCGGCAUGGCAGCGUGCAUGA